UCGGCGGUGAGCCCCACCGCUUCAUUGGAUUCCUACCGUGUCAAUUAUGGCGGAAACCAACUUACUCUUUCGUGUCAAUAUUUCAUUUGUUGGUUGCUUCAGGAGUUUUCCUAUAAAUUAAUCACUAUAAUCACCUGUUUUCUCAUUCCAAACAGCUCGAUUUCUUUUUCUCAUUGCUUUUUCUCUUCAGCCAAUCAAGAUGCAGAUCUUCGUUAAGACCCUAACUGGCAAGACAAUCACCCUGGAAGUCGAGAGUUCCGACACGAUCGAUAACGUCAAGGCGAAAAUUCAGGACAAGGAAGGGAUCCCACCAGACCAACAGCGUUUAAUCUUCGCAGGAAAACAGCUCGAAGACGGCCGAACCUUGGCCGAUUACAACAUCCAAAAGGAGUCAACUCUCCACCUCGUCCUCCGUCUACGUGGUGGUAUGCAAAUCUUCGUCAAAACCCUGACUGGCAAAACCAUUACCUUGGAAGUCGAAAGCUCUGACACAAUCGACAAUGUCAAGGCGAAGAUCCAAGACAAGGAAGGAAUCCCACCAGACCAGCAAAGGCUUAUCUUUGCUGGGAAGCAACUUGAGGACGGUCGAACUUUGGCCGAUUAUAACAUCCAAAAGGAGUCGACCCUUCAUUUGGUUUUGAGGCUUCGUGGUGGGAUGCAGAUCUUUGUCAAGACUUUGACAGGGAAGACUAUUACUUUGGAGGUGGAGAGUUCGGAUACAAUCGAUAACGUCAAGGCGAAGAUUCAGGACAAAGAAGGGAUUCCACCAGAUCAGCAAAGGUUGAUUUUUGCUGGGAAGCAAUUGGAAGAUGGAAGGACCUUGGCUGAUUACAAUAUUCAGAAGGAGUCCACUCUUCACCUUGUCUUGCGUCUUCGUGGUGGUUUCUAAGUCUCCCAUGUGAACCGGUGUCUGGUUUUAUGUGAAGGAUUAUGAUGUCUGGCCCUGUUUAGGCCUUCUAAAUAAAUUUAAAGUCUUUUCUCUAUGUUUACUUUAUGUUAUGGUUUCUUUUGAAUAAAUUUGUAUAUUUACUGCAA